AUGACCGAGAUGUACUCGGGUGUGAUACCGCUGAACAUGUCCGACGACAGCCGUGGCAUGUUCUUCGUGUUCCAACCUCGUGUCGGUCCGCCAGUCGAGGAGAUCACUAUCUGGUUCAACGGCGGCCCAGGUUGCAGCUCUCUUGAAGGGUUUCUUCAAGAGAAUGGCCGCAUUCAAUGGUCAUGGGGACAGUACUCGCCAGGAAUCAACCCUUACUCGUGGGUGAACUUGACAAAUAUGCUUUGGGUCGAAUAUCCAAUCGGUGUGGGAUUCUCACGAGGCGAGCCAACGGCCACGAACGAGGAAGAGCCUGCUGCUGAGUUCAUUGAGUUUUUCCGUAAUUUCCAAACAAUCUUCAACAUCAGCGACUACAAGAUCUACGUCACGGGCGAAAGCUACGCAGGACGAUACGUACCCUAUGUCGCAAAUGCAAUGCUUGAUCAGAACGAUACGACGCAUUUUAAUCUUUCGGGCGCCUUAGUUUACGACCCGUGCAUCGGUUCCUAUGAUUACCUUAACGCCAUCACGACAUAUCCCUAUAUCCAACAGAACAACAACAUUUUGGGGUUCAACAACACAUUCGUUGAUUAUCUCGCCCAGCGCGACCAGAGCUGUGGGUACUCGGUGUAUCGCGAGACCUUUCUACAAUUCCCGCCGAACGGCACACAGCCACCUCUGCAUCUGAAUUCGACAGCGGACCCUGACUGCGAUCUCUGGGACCUGGUUUAUGACAGCGCCUAUAGCGUCAACCCGUGUUUCAAUGUCUACGAGCCGAACCUGCAGUGCCCUUUGCUGUCCGACCCUCUGGGAUUCCCCAGCGACCUGAUCUAUUCAUAUCCUGGACUACCUCCAUAUUUCAACCGCACCGACGUGAAGAAGGCCUUGCAUGUGCCUGUAGACACUGAUUGGGCGCUAUGCACCGGACCAGUCUUCGUUGGUGAGGGCGGACCAGAAGACCUGGGAGAUCUGAGUCUGGACCCGAUUCAGGCUGUGCUCCCUAGAGUCAUCGAGGCAACAAAUCGUGUCCUGGUGUCCAAUGGUGCACUGGACAUGGACCUGCUCCUGAACGGGACCAUGCUGGCGAUCCAGAACAUGACGUGGAACGGCAAGCUGGGCUUUCAGACGGCGCCUUCCCAGCCCAUCGUCAUCAAUAUCCCGGACGUUCAAUAUGAGCAGGUUUUCAUCGACAGCGGCUUCGAGGGAUUGGACUUUCAUCAGGGAGUAAUGGGCGUGCAGCACUUCGAGCGCGGGUUGAUGUGGGCCGAGACGUAUCUCAGUGGGCACAUGCAGCCUCAAUUCCAGCCCCGGAGCUCCUAUCGUCACCUCCAGUGGCUGCUGGGAAGAAUCGACGCGCUCUGA